AUGGAGGACCUCAAGGACAUAUGCGCCCAGGCCAUGCACACCGUUCUUGGAGAUCACAUUGCCCCUCUCUCGGCUCAGGAAGGCUGGAAGGAGAGCAUGCUCGGCGUUUUCACGUCCCCUCUUGUCACGCCGACCACAAACAUUAAGUACGGGCACUAUCAGUUCAACAGCACGAUGGGCAUUGCUAAGCUUAUCAAGGAUCUUCACUACGAUGCACUCCCGUCAAAUCCUGCCGAACUGUCUGGUCUCUUCACUCAAGCAAUGCUUUGUGUCCAAGACAAAUAUGCAGAGGAAAAGGGGUGCCCCAAGCCCAUAGAGGCAGUUAAUAUAGCAGGCUGCUUCAUAAACAUUGCACUCACCCCUGCAUAUUUGCUUUCGAAGUGCUUUGACAUCUACAUGGCCGUGCCGUUUGGGACUCUGCCAAAGCCUCCCACUCUACCCAGAAAACGCGUUGUCGUCGACUUUUCGUCACCUAACGUGGCAAAGUCUAUGCACGUGGGUCACCUGCGAUCAACGAUUAUCGGGGACUCUAUUUGCCGUCUCUAUGAGUAUGUGGGGUAUGACGUCCACCGCAUCAACCACGUGGGCGACUGGGGCACGCAGUUCGGCAUGCUCAUCACUCACCUAACGGAUAUGCAUCCAGAGAUAGCUGAUGCUGCGGCUCACUGCAGGCGCAUAACAAUGCUUCCAAUCGACAACCUUGUGGCCUUCUACAAAGCAGCAAAGGAGAGAUUUGACAACGAUCCAGCCUUCCAGAAGCGGGCCUAUGAGGCUGUUGUCAAGCUACAACGCCUCAACUUGGCAGAGUUUUACCUCUGGUGCAAGAUUUGUGACAUCUCUAGGCACGAGUUUCAGCGCAUUUAUGAUCGCCUAGACAUCAAGAUUGAUGAGUUUGGAGAGAGUUCCUACAAGUUCAAGCUGGGCACCACUGUCGCGCGGUUGAAAAGGCUCCACUUGACUCAGAUGUCCGACAAGGCAACUGUCAUACCAAUUGAGGGGAUGGACUAUCCUCUCAUCAUCGUCAAGUCCGACGGCGGCUUUACUUACGACACAACAGACAUGGCAGCUAUUUAUCACCGCACCCAGGUCCUUCACGCGGACAAGUGCGUGUACGUUGUUGACGCCGGCCAGUCGAGUCACUUUGAUCUUGUUUUCAAAGCUGCUGAGAAGGCUGGCUGGAUCACAAAGGACCAGGCCGUGCACGUCCCAUUCGGGGUUGUGCUCGGAAGCGAUGGCAAGCGCCUCAAAACAAGAGCAGGAGAGACCGUUAAGCUGGAGGAUUUGCUCGAUGAGGCGGUCACGGAGUCCAUGCGGCUCCUUGAGGAGCGCAACCGUGACCAAGAGUUCAGCCAAGAGGAAAUGCGCCAGGUUGCAGAGGCUGUCGGCUACGGAGCUGUCAAAUAUGCUGACUUGUCCUCUCACAGGAUUAAGGACUAUAAGUAUGACCCUAAGCGAAUGCUCAAUCUGAAAGGAAAUACUGCGGCAUACCUGUUGUAUAGCUUUACGCGAAUCUCGUCUAUCUGUCGCAAAGCCGGAAUCGAUCGGGAAGAGCUCUACACCAGUGACACUCUCAGGAACUUGUCUAUCACAGAACCCUCUGAAAUUAAUCUCUUAGUUGCGCUGUUGAAGGUCCGUGAUACCAUUCUAUUUACUCUAGAAGAUCUGUGUCCGCACCGUAUUUGUGACUGGGUGUACUCUGUAGCCUCCGCGUACACAGACUUCUAUGAAAAGUGCCGAGUCAUUGAGACUUCUGCGUCUGGGGACAGCGUCUGCAACAAAUCUCGUCUUGUCCUGUGUGAAAUGGCCCGUCAGAGCCUCCGCCUGGCAUUCCACUUGCUUGGAAUCCGUGAGAUCGACAGAAUGUGA